UGGAAUGGUUUCUAGUGCUUGGAAUCUCGGCAGCGGCAAUCCUGGUUCAUGGCCAGCCAGGACAUACAAUGACGCCGGCUAAAUCCAUUGUAGAUGGACAAUCCUUGAUCUCAUCAGGUGGGACUUUCGAACUAGGCUUCAUCAGCCCUGGCGACUCGAACAAUCGAUAUCUGGGUAUACGUUACAAGGGCACUCCAGUUAAAACAGUUGUGUGGGUUGCCAAUAGAAUCUCUCCCCUCAAUGGCUCCACGGGGGUUCUCAAUCUCACAGGUGAUGGAAAUCUGGUACUGCUAAACAGCACUGGAUAUAUUAUUUGGUCAACAGGCACAACAAAUGCAAUUAAUCCCGUUGCACAGCUCCAAGACUCGGGAAAUCUCGUCCUGAUUGAAAGAACUACGAAGAAAUUAUUGUGGCAGAGCUUUGAUCAUCCAGGUAACACACUUCUACCAGGUAUGAAGCUUGGGUGGGAUUUAAGAACCAAUCUUAACAGGUAUCUCACGUCAUGGAAGAGUUCCUCUGACCCUUCUCCUGGGGACUACUACUACAAGUUACAUACCGAUGCAGUACCAGAGCUUGUCUUGUGGAGAGGAUCUGUCCCAAUGUAUCGCACCGGACCCUGGAAUGGAGGUGGAUUUAAUGGCAUUCCAGAGACGAAAACAAAUAACAUGUUCAGGUUUAAUCUCACUUCCAAUAAGUAUGAGGCCACCUACACCUUCCAGGUACUGGACAAUAAUAUUAUAUGUCAUGUCUUGCUGAACGAGACUGGAGUGGUUCAGCGUUUGGUGCGGUCUAAACAAAACCUUGCAUGGGACCCUUACUGGUGGUUUCCAAAAGACCCGUGCGACACCUAUGCCAACUGUGGAGCUAAUGGCGUAUGCAAUACAAGCUACUCACCUUCCUGCGAUUGUUUGAGGGGAUUCAGUCCCAAGUCUCCUCAAAAUUGGAAAAUGAGAAUCAAUUUUGAUGGCUGUGUAAGGAGGACAGCUUUAAAUUGUUCAUCGGAUGGUUUCUUUGGGCUGCAACAAGUGAAGUUUCCCGAUACAUCAAAUGCCACCGUGCACGGCAACAAAAGUCUCAAAGAGUGUAAAGACUGGUGCCUGAAGAACUGCACUUGCAGCGCCUAUGCUAUCAUUGAAGGGAGCGGAUGUGUAACAUGGACCGGAGAUCUUGUAGAUAUUAGACUGUUCACUGAAGGAGAGGAGAAUCUAUACGUUCGGCUUGCAUCUUCUGAAUUAGGUCAGAUAAGGGAUAAUUAUGGUAAAAAGAAGCUUGUGAAUGUGAUAGUCGUAAUCAUUUCUUCACUGGCAGGGUUUCUUCUAUUUGUGUGCUUUAUUCAACUUCUGCGGCAGAAGAACAGAAAAGAAAAGCAAGAUAGGAAAAGAAGUGCACUUUUGAAUUGGCAAAAGCGCCUCGACGUCAUCAUAGGAAUUGCUCGAGGACUUCUUUACCUUCACCAAGACUCUAGGUUGAAAAUUAUUCACAGAGAUUUGAAGGCCAGCAAUAUUCUUCUUGAUAAGGAGCUCAACCCAAAAAUCUCAGACUUCGGCACUGCAAGAAUUUUUAAGGUUGACCAAACUGAAGCGAAUACAAUCAGAGUUGUCGGGACAUAUGGAUAUAUGUCACCGGAGUAUGCAAUGGAUGGUAUCUUUUCAGUGAAAUCAGAUGUGUUCAGCUUUGGUGUUCUAGUGUUAGAAAUCUUAAGUGGUAAGAAGAAUAGAAUGAUCAAUCAAGCAGAAGCUCGUGUAAACCUUUUAGGACAUGCAUGGAGACUAUGGACAGAAGAUAGAUGCUUGGAAAUACUUGAUGAAGCAGUGGGAUGCACAUAUCCAGAAUCUAAAAUAUUACGGUGUAUCCAAGUGGCUCUCUUGUGUGUGCAAGAAGGGAGUGAAGAUAGACCAACGAUGGCAGAGGUAGUGCUCAUGUUAAGCACCGAAAGUGGACUCCUACCUCAGCCUCAAAGGCCAGGUUUCUACACAGCAACACCUUUGAUGGAAAGAAAUUCGGCUUCCAGCAAUAAAAUUACGGUUACAAUUGAAGGUCGAUAGAAAUCUGUGACAUGAGUUUCCUUUAUUUUUUUUGGGGGGGACAGGGAAUUCGUGGACUUCAUUGUACAAAUAUAUUAGUCAGGCAGAGUUCAAACUAUCUUACUAUGAUUUUAAUUGUUCACUUUUUUGUGGGGGUAU